AUAAGAGAAACGUGUUCAUAUUUUUAUUGUAGCACCGUUACCGCCACCGACAGUUACCUCGUCGGUAUCAGUGGUUUCGGCGAGGGCUGGCACAAUUACCAUCACGCAUUCCCAUGGGAUUACAAGACCGCCGAAUUCGGCAACUAUCGCACGAACCUAACAUGCGCUUUCAUCGACUUUUUUGUCUGGCUUGGCUGGGCGUACGAUUUGAAGACCGUAAACCACGACAUAAUAAAGAGACGCGCGGCCCGAACAGGCGACGGUUCCUUAUAUGAACGAACGAGUGAUGAACAUACGCAAGAGAAGUUUACGUGGGGAUGGAAUGACGCCGAUAUGUCACUCGAGGAUAAACAGGCAGCUGAGAUCCUCAAUAAAAGCGAUUAAACUUCGAGAUUUAGGUCUUCAAAAUUGUAUACGUAUCACGGUGUCGGAGUUCAAUAAAACUUGUCAUUCAGCAGUA